AUAGGAAACAAUGUAAAAUAUUCAGAUGAACAUAUUUUUUCAUAUCUAUAUCAAGCAGAUUGCUUAGGACUUUGACCAUGUAAAUAUGUACAUACAUAUCUAUAUAUUUAUACAUACAAAUAUCUUCCAAAGUUCAUUGGAAUGUGAGACUAGGUCAGUGAUGGCUCACCUUUUCUGGACUGAGUGACCAAAGCAUCUGUGUGUGCACAAAUCCCCAAAAUGCAAUGCGCGCCCCGCCCCCACACCCAUGAACAUGCGCAACAGAGACCCGAAGACCAGAAGAUGGUGGGACGCACGCAUGCACAGUGGAUCUGAACUGGGGCAACAGCUCGCGUGCCUACAAAGAGGGUGCUGCCUGCCAGCUCUGGCAUGCGUGCCAUAGGUUCGCCAUCACGGACUAGAUGAAGCAGCCAUAACCUAAAGAUGAAGCACUUAAGCAGAGAGGACUAAGUCAAUCUUCUCAAAAAGUUCCCUUGGAGAGAAACAUGAGGCAAUCUUUGAUUGAAGAAGAAAGGUCAUCUGAAGACAAAGAGACCCAACUUGACAGAAACACUCAAUCCUAUAUAUAAUUACAAGUAGCCCUUAUUUAUGAUCUUCAACUAUACAGGCAAUUUAAGAACAUUUAUGACCUUCAUAGCAUUCCUCAGUCAUAUGAUUAGUUAGUACAUAUUUUAUGCCUGACUUGUCAGGUUUUCCCCCCCUCUGUUGCAGGGUAGGGUAUAGAGAUUGGAGAGGAAGGGAUUCCAAGAGAGUAAACUCCUCUUCUACACAUCAAAAGCAAUGUAUUCAUGCGUGGCCUAGCAGAUGCACUAUGCGAAUAGCUUCCAAUACUCUUGGAAUUCCUUUCUCUCCAAUCUCUCCAUUCUUAAGGAGACAACAAGCUAUUUCUGUAGCAAUCUCUCCUUUGCCUGACUCUUCCUCCUCCCCAAAGAGCAGCAAGAUUGGAGAGAAAAGGAUUAGAAGACAGUAUGUUGUUUGCCCUUCUACACAUUGAAAACAAUGCAAUUGUACCACCUGCAGGAAAGAAUCAGGCAAAGGAGAGAUUGCUUACAAAAAGCACUUUACCCUCUGCAUAGAGGAAAGGUUUUGGAGGAAAGGAUUUAAAGAAAGUAAGCUGUUUAUAUAGCAUAUCACAGUUCCCAAUAUCAGGCUAAAAGUACAAUCAAAUAAGUGGAGAUGAGUGUAUGGGAGGAAUCAUACAUUGUAACUAGUAAAGGUUUGCUGCUACUUUAAAGUUCAUUGUGUCUCUGUGUUUUCCUUAUGUGCCUCUCAGUAUUUGGUUGAAAAUGAUUUAUAUGUGUUGCUAAUUGUUUCCUGGCUUUUGAUCAGAAUUAUAUGUCUCUGUUUUAGCUGCACCUAUCUGGAAUCCCCAGCUAGAAAGCAAGGGGGUGGGUUUACAAGAGCCUUUUGUCACAACAGGCUGUGAGUUUAUGAGUGACCAUAAGCAGAACCUGGGCAUGUUUGUAACAAGAGCUGGGAGUAAAGAAAAUGAAUAUGUCCAACACAGUUGAAGGGCACCCAGUGAUGGACAGAGAUAGAUAGUCACGAACUCAUAGAAGGCAUAAUUCGUGUAAAACAGUUUUAUAUUCUUUGUUGGGCAUAAGUGGUAUCACCCCUUGGUAUGACAGAAGAGGCAGAGCAAAAGGAGGUGAGUCUACAUAAAAUGAUUUUGAAAGAGGAUGGGUUUUUUCCUGUUGCUUGCUACUUUAAAAAUUGUAGGAUGCAUACCAAAGCAGGAUAAUAUUAAAAGAGGUGUGCCAGAACUGAAAUAAAACAGCAUAUUUAUUUAAACUGUACCCAUUAAUUACAGCAUCAGGGGCUCCUCCAUCUGCCAGGAUGAGUUCCAGUAAUAAAGAGGUUGCUUUCAUUGGGCAGUUUUAUAGCCCUGGAACCUCUUUUUUUCCUCCUCCACCCCCAAAGGUGCUUAGUUUAGGCAUCAGCAAAGGAAGGUUAGAUAUAAAUGAGGAUUAAGUGUUUAAGCAACAUAUGUCCACUUUAUACAUAAAGACACCUUUUUUAAUAAGGCAAUUUUGGUCAGGAUGUAAAAGGAUGUAAAUGCAGUCUUGUUGCAGUAAGAGGACACAUAGGAAACAUAUCCUACCUUCCUUUUGAGAAGCAACUAAAAACUUCUCAGCAUAUUGCCUUAAACAGGUAGUUCUAUUCUCCUUGCAAGGCAUUAUAAUGUGAUGUUGUGCCGUUCAUAGGCAUCGUUCAUAUAUACUGUUGCACGUAGCAGAAUAAUCAUCAAGUGAUGAGGUCAUAUAUGUAGUCAUGAUAAACUUUUUGAUUGGCUCUUUCAGAUGCCAAAGUUCAGUGAAUUUCCGUAUCAUCACAGCUUAGAAUAACUGAUAGGAAGCAUGUACAUUUUCAUUUGUGCCAGCAUGAAGACCUUGUGCCUAAUGAAGACAAUCAUUAGCCACAACUACAGGAAACACUGUCUUUACUAAGACAUGUGAAGUGUUCCACUCAGUAAGGUCUAAUAUUUCUAAAGUUUACCCUUACCUAGACUUUUGAUAUGGCCUAAACCUUUCUAUUCCUGUUUUGUUGCAUGCUCGGGGAGAUAAAAGUAGCCCUUGAGGUAAAACCUGGGCUGUUCAUUGCAUUCCUGAUUAGAUAAAAAUACUAUACACUUCAACUGCGAAGGAUUUUGUUUAGUUCCUAAUAAUUUAACUCCAUUUAGUUCCUAAUAAUUUCCCAAAAUGAGAACUUCCAAAGCUGGGAAAAGGAAAAUGUAUACAUUGACACAGGACAUUCUGGAUUGCUUCCAGAGACAACUGUUAAAAAGAUUUUUCUUUUGAUUUCAAAUAGGCCAUACCUGUCCAUGGAGGCACUGUCAAAUGCUGUCCUAAAUACUGUUUCCUUUUUAUUCAACAGAAGCCAUGCUGGGGGGCAAAGAUAAACCCCAACUGAUAUCUCCAAAGUCCAGCAUAAACCUUAAGGAAGUUAUGCUGAACAGAAUGUAAAGAUAUCAUGGCCUUACUUACAGUGACAGAUAUGGAAGGAACAGUAUCAUCUACUAUUCAUCAAAAUGGCGGCAUUGUUGGAAAUUCUACCAUUUCUCGACCGUCAGAACAGCUGUUUCGAAUUUACCUUUAUAAUUCCCCAGGAAAGACAGAAGGUGACUAUCUACUGUUUCCAGCUGGAGAGUAUGUUGCAGAAGAAAUUUGCGUGGCCUGCUGUAAGGCUUGUGGGAUCCUGCCUGUGUACCACAACAUAUUUGCACUAAUGAAUGAGGUUGACCGAUGUUGGUAUCCCCCAAAUUACACCUUCCAAAUAGAUGGAUCAGCUACUGUCACUGUACUCUACCGAAUAAGAUUUUAUUUCCCACACUGGUAUUGUAGCAACAAUAUACGAGCAUAUCGGUAUGGCGUUUCUCGAAGUGCAGAGAGUCCAGUCCUUGAUGAUAUUGUCAUGUCUUACCUAUUUGCUCAGUGGCGAGAAGAUUUUGUCCAUGGGUGGGUAAAAAUGGCCGUGACUCAUGAAACACAGGAAGAAUGUCUUGGAAUGGCCGUCCUUGAUAUGAUGAGAAUGGCCAAAGAAAAGGACCAAACUCCAUUAGCCAUUUACAAUUCUGUAAGUUACAAAAUGUUUUUGCCAAAAUGCAUCAGAGAAAAAAUCCAAGAUUAUCAUAUUUUAACACGAAAAAGAAUAAGGUACAGGUUCCGGAAAUUUAUUCAACAAUUCAGCCAGUGCAAAGCAACUGCCAGAAAUCUGAAACUGAAGUAUCUCAUUAAUUUGGAAACCCUCCAGACUGCCUUUUACUCAGAAGUGUUUAAAGUGAAGGAUCCUGGAAGAGAACCUUCAAAUGCAGAAUCUUUUGCAACCAUUAUUAUAAGUGGAAAUGGCGGGAUACAGUGUCCCAGAGGAAAACAAAAUGCCAGUGAGAUGCUUGCAGAUGAGGGCAUACAAACCUACUGUGAUUUUCCUGAUAUUAUAGAUGUCAGUAUUAAGCAAGCAAAUCAAGAAAAUUCUGGAGAAAGUAGAAUUGUAACCAUUCAUAAACAGGACAGCAAGAAUCUGGAAGCUGAAUUUCAUUCAUUAAAAGAAGCUCUUUCUUUUGUAUCACUAAUCGAUGGAUAUUAUAGAUUAACAGCGGAUGCUCAUCAUUACCUUUGUAAAGAGGUGGCACCUCCUUCAGUUCUUGAAAAUAUCCAAAGCAAUUGCCAUGGGCCAAUUUCCAUGGACUUUGCAAUCAGUAAAUUGAAAAAAGCUGGCAAUCAGAGUGGCUAUUAUGUUCUUCGUUGCAGUCCAAAAGAGUUUAAUAAAUACUUUCUUACCUUUGCCGUGCAGCAAGACAGUAUAAUUGAUUAUAAACAUUGCUUGAUAACAAAAAAUGAAAAUGGAGAAUAUAAUCUCACUGGAACUAGAAAAAGUUUUAGCAACCUUGUGGAUUUGUUGAAUUGUUACCGCACAGAAACUGUCCGGUCGGAUAGUAUGAUUUUCCAGUUUACCAGAUGCUGCCCUCCAAAGCCAAAAGAUAAGUCCAACCUUCUUAUCUUCAGGAGCAAUGGAGAUUCUGAUAUGCCAACAUCACCUACUUUGCAGAGACAUAAUAAUGUCAAUCAGAUGGUUUUUCACAAAAUUCGGAAUGAAGAUCUUAUCUUUAAUGAAAGCCUUGGACAGGGCACCUUCACUAAAAUUUUCAAAGGAGUAAGGAAAGAAGUAGGAGACUAUGGUAAAUUGUAUCAGACUGAAGUCUUGCUAAAAGUUCUGGAUAAAACACACAGACAUUACUCCGAGUCUUUCUUUGAAGCAGCAAGCAUGAUGAGUCAACUUUCUUACAAACAUUUAGUAUUAAAUUAUGGAGUUUGUGUCUGUGGAGAAGAAAAUAUUUUGGUUCAGGAGUAUGUAAAAUUUGGAUCAUUGGAUACUUACUUGAAGAAAAAUAAAACUUCUAUAAAUAUUUUGUGGAAAUUAGAAGUUGCAAAACAGCUGGCAAUGGCAAUGCAUUUUUUGGAGGAUAAAAACCUCAUACAUGGGAAUGUAUGUGCAAAAAACAUCUUGCUUAUCAGAGAGGAAGAUAGGAAGUCUGGGAACCUUCCUUUUAUCAAACUUAGUGAUCCUGGUAUCAGCAUUACAGUUUUGCCAAAAGACAUACUUCUGGAGAGGAUUCCAUGGGUGGCCCCAGAAUGCAUUGAAAGUCCCAAGCAGUUGAGCCAGGCGGCAGACAAGUGGAGUUUUGGGACAACUCUGUGGGAAAUCUGCAGUGGAGGAGAUAAACCUCUCAGUGCACUGGAUUCUCAAAGGAAGCUACAAUUUUAUGAAGACAGGCAUCAGCUUCCUGCUCCCAAUUGGACAGAACUGGCAAAUCUGAUAAACAAUUGUAUGGAAUAUGAAGCAGAUUUCCGGCCCUCUUUCAGAGCAGUUAUACGGGAUCUGAACAGCUUAUUUACGCCAGAUUAUGAAUUAUUGACAGAAAGUGAUAUGUUACCAAAUAUGAGAAUUGGUGCUCUUGGAUUUUCUGAAGCUUUUGAAGGACGGGACCCAACUUACUUUGAAGAGAGACACCUCAAAUUCUUGCAGCAACUUGGCAAGGGUAAUUUUGGAAGUGUGGAAAUGUGUCGAUACGAUCCACUGCAGGAUAAUACAGGGGAGGUGGUAGCUGUGAAGAAACUGCAGCACAGCACAGAAGAAUACCUGCGAGAUUUCGAAAGAGAAAUCGAAAUUCUCAAAUCUCUGCAACACGACAACAUUGUCAAGUACAAAGGAGUGUGCUAUAGUGCAGGUCGGAGAAAUCUGAAGUUGAUAAUGGAAUAUUUACCCUAUGGCAGUUUACGGGAUUAUCUCCAGAAACACAAGGACAGGUUGGAUCAUAAGAAACUCCUACAGUAUGCUUCUCAGAUAUGUAAGGGCAUGGAAUAUCUGGGUUCAAAAAGAUAUGUACAUAGAGAUCUGGCAACACGAAAUAUCUUGGUGGAGAAUGAAAACAGAGUGAAAAUUGGAGACUUUGGCUUGACAAAAGUUUUGCCACAGGAUAAGGAAUAUUACAAAGUAAAGGAACCAGGAGAGAGUCCUAUAUUUUGGUAUGCUCUGGAAUCCUUGACAGACAACAGGUUUUCUGUGGCCUCAGAUAUGUGGAGCUUUGGUGUGGUUUUGUAUGAACUCUUCACGUAUAUAGACAAGAAUAAAAGCCCUCCAGCGGAGUUCAUGCGCAUGAUUGGAAACGAUAAGCAAAACCAGAUGAUUGUGUUCCAUUUGAUAGAGCUUUUGAAGAAUAACGGGAGGCUGCCAAGACCCGAUGGAUGCCCUGAUGAGGUUUACGCCAUCAUGUCAGAGUGCUGGAAUAAUAAUGCAAGUCAGCGGCCAUCUUUUAGGGAUCUUGCUUUGAGAGUGGAUGUCAUAAGGGAAGGCCUGGGUGGAUGAAAAUCCUGAACUUGAUCCAAGGGGACAUGAAAACAUGCAGAGCAAAUGUACUUUGCUCCUUAAGCCGUUGCAGUCUAUCGGCCUUCCCAUACAUCUUCUUCCCAUCUUUGAAUUUGGGAGACUUUGGGGAAAUCAUCCCAUCAGAACAUGCAAACGGUGAAGACUUCUGCUUUAGCUUCGUCAUCAGGAAUGCUACCACAAUGCACCAAUGGAAAGCACUUUGAUAGAAAAAGGAGUUCCUUUUUUAAAAGAGUAAAAGAGUAGACAGUCAGGAUCGCCUGUAAAUGGAUUUACAGAUCAAAAUGUCAAGAAGAAAAGUCAUGGAAAGGUGGAGAGUUGGUCUACAGAAUUUUUCUUUUCUCAGCUGAAGAAAAUUUAGGCUGCAAUGCUAUAUUGUCUAUUCCAUGGGGUAUACCCUAUUAAUUUCUUGAGACUUAUUCUAAGAAAACAGAUAGAAUUGUGCCCUUAAAUAGUAGCUUACUUGCAGAAUGUAUACUAUUUGGCUUCAGCACAAGUGUUAAAGAAAAGCACAUUCCUAAAGGCAUCACUUUGAAGAGGAACAAAUGUUUGAAUUGAAGCUUAGCAAUGCCUACAGACAUGAUUUCUACACUUUUUUUUAGUCUCCAUUUGUCCAUUGUGUUUCCUAUAAGUAGACGUGAUUCAUUUGUUCAUUUGCCCAUUGCGUAUUUCUUGUAUAUGAUUAUGCAGUUCUUUUAAGAAUAUGCAUUCAAUAUAAAAAGACAUAGUAGAGAAGCAAAGAGCUUUCAAGAUAAGAGGAGAAAAUAGCACAACUGGUUCUUGGAAUUGCCUUUAUAUCGUGAAAGAUCCCCAGACUUUCAGUGUGGCAUCCAAAAAAGGAAACUUUUGCAGAAUGUGGAAGACAUCUCUAUCCUGCCAGAAUUCGUAAAGCAAUUCUGAGUGCCUGUGGAUUACAUUCCAAAAAGUCCCCCAGGAAUUCCUGUUUGCCUUUUCUAUAGGAAACAAAAUGGUUUCGCAUGCUUUCUCAUGGCUUACACAAGGGCUUGCUUUUUUUUUUUAUGCUAGUUUAGCUAGUUUUUACCAUGUCAAGGCGUUAUGGCUCCAGUGAAAAGAACAAAUCAUAGGUUUAGUACUUGAUUGAGCAACCAUAUGCCUAUCUGAGCCAGUGGCAGGUCGGUAAAAGAAGCAGAUAUGCCUGUUGAGGCAGUGUAAUGCACUGUAUAUAUAUAUAUAUUUUGGGGCGGGGGGACAGAUAAGUAUUUUUUUUAAAGAAAAGAUGUUAAAAUUGCUUUUUUAAAUAAGUAAAUAGUCGUCUAUUUUCCUACUUUGUAUUUGUGGACUUGUAAAGUUUAACUAUGUCUCCUAAAGGUGCAAAGAUUGAAACCAUAUUUUAGCAGCUUAAUCCUUGUUAGUCUUUUUAUUUCCUUAACUUUUAUAGGAUGAUUCAUUCACCUGAAAAGAGAAGUAUGUCUGUGAUGUUACCAGGAUAAUCAUGGCCCAUCUUUUCUUAGGCUAUUGGAUCAUUUGGCUGUAUGUGAUCAUUCAGUCAUGUAAUAGAAAUUGGUUGCGAUUACACUGCCUACAUUGUGAAAUAAGAGUUAGUCCCUGCAGAUUUAUGCUUGUCAGUAUCAGUGGCACAACUUCAUGUUUGCAAAAUAGUACGCUGUUUCUAGCACUCUUGUGCUUUCAAACUCUAUGUUAACUUAAGGAUUGGCCAUAAAAAUUCAGAGGAAAGCAAGUGAAUUGAAUUCCUUUUUCCAUACUUUGACCGCCAAGCCUUGCUUUUGAAAUAUAAAGUUUCUUUUAAGCAAAUUUGAACUCAAUUAAAUUCCCAAUAUCGGAUGAGUAAGUUUGGUCAAAGAAGCAGUGGCUCUUUGCUAUAGAAGCCAAAUUAAAACUUGAAAUGCAUUUAUAACAAAAUGUAGGGUAGGUGGCCAUAUUCUGUAAGCCUCUAUAGUCAGUUUACUUACCUACCUACCUCAAGCAUAGAAGAAGGUACAGCAAUGUGAAUCUUGUAUGGGAUUAAACAAGUACCUCAAAGUGCAGAUGUCCAGCCUGUGAGUGCCAGUUUAAAAUUGUUUGUGCCACUAUGAGCACUAAUAUAUAUCAAAGUGGACUGACUAGGUCUGGCAUAUAUGCAAAGCUCCCCUUCCAAACAUGCCAACUUCCUCAGUCUGGCUCACUGAUAAGGGAACAAGACCAAUCUAUUUUGGAGAAUCCAUGCACAAACCAUAGUUCUAUUGGUGGGAGGUGAUAGGAAGUCCCUAUAUGAGAGGAGCCAUCCCACUAUCUACCAUAAUUUGCUCAGGUAAAACCUUAAUUUUAUUUUAAAGAGUAAGAAAUUAUGUUAAGCAACAAAGGGGCAGGGAGGUUGAAAUUAUGAAUAGUUACAUUUUGUAAAAUGUCUGUUAUCCUGUUAUUGAUGGCUGAUUUUUUCCCCAAUAGCAUUUUAAGAGACAGUUUGACUGUCUUUAAUGGCUUUGGAUGAUACAUUGCACAUUUUGUACAUUGAUAUAAAAUUUAUUGUACAGAAACUGCAUUUUGGUUUUGUAGAAUAUUGUGGUAAAUGCUUGGUGGUGGGAUUCCCCGGUUAACCAAAUUAUAGUAGCAUCAAGUUGAAAGCAACACGAGGCAUCAGGUUCAACAUCAGUCUGUUUUUGAACUGCAUUCAUCUGAUUGAGGAUUUCAUAUUCCAUAUAAAGGAAGAAAAACUCAGGGAAUUUUGUGUAAUGCAAAGAAAAGUUCUUCCAUAAUUAUUUUUUCAAGUGAUUUUUUUUUUGUUUGAUCUAAUAGAAUUGAAAUAUUCUACUUUCCUGAUAUAAGGAAUUUCAAAUAUUUAACAAAAAUAUUGAAGUGCUUUAAGAGUUUGAAACCUACUCAAUUUUGAAUUUCCAUUGUUGCAGCCAUAUAAGUGCUUGCACAAAGUAAAACUUUUUGAGCUUGGAUUUAUUUCUAAGUGAACAUGAUAGGAUUAUGUUGUAAAGCACAAGUAAAGCAUUGUCCAGAUUUCUUUUUCAUUUUAUUCCAUUCACUUUGGCUCUGUUUAAAUGGAAAUUCAAGCAGAUUCUGUUUUUUGGCAUAAAUAUUUUCACAUAUUCAAGGAAGUUUCUGGAUACAGUCUUUCAGGCUGGAUUGGAGACUACUUUUAAAGUGUUCCGGUUCAAGAUUUUAAAAGACACAAGAGACUUUCAAGAGAGGAGGGUUCUCAAAAACUAUGUUUACUGAGCUCUUGCAUCUGUCUGGCUCCUGUCCUUAUGCAUGAGGUCUUGAUUUCAUUUGUGAUUUCAGAAUAAUAUUGGUUGUGCACAUCAUUCAAAAACUUUAAUAACCAGUCAAUCAAAUAUAAAUUGUAAUUCUGUGAUAACAGUUUUGUACAUAUCAUUUAAACAUUACAUUACAUUUGUGCAUCAAUAGUGUUCUCAGUUAUUUUCCUAAUCCAAUGUAGGAAAAGAGCUGUGUAUAAUAGCCAAAAAUCCGGAGGAAUCUAGUAGCACCUUUCAGAUUACCAGAUUUUAUUAAAACGUUUAGCUUCUUUGAGCUAAGAUCACUCCAUGCUUCUGAUGAAGUGAGCUGAAGCCUACAAAAGCAAAUGUGUUUUAAUAAAGUGUGUUAAUAUGAAAGGAUACUACAAAUCUUCUUCUUUUUCCCCCCUUUCCCAGAGCGCUGUUCACUUUAUCAUAAUGGUUUACCAUGAUAUCAAUAAUUGCUGUGACUUGCUUUAGGAAAAAAAAUGCUGCACAGAUAAGACUCCUCCAUUGAGUAAAGUGAUAAUACAACUACUGCUUUUUAGAACUUUUUUUAAUCUAUACCAUUUUAUAUAAAUAGAUUGUAUUUUGUAAAACAUUUCUGUAUUUUUAUUUGCUAAUUGGUCUGUGGUCCAGUAUGAUAGAAUUCAGAAUAAUUUGCUUUAAAUGUAUACUAAGAUAACAGAGUAUUAAAUAUUUUUUAAAACAG